AUGUUUAUAACUGGUGACAACUUUAAUGCCAAAUCAAACAAGUUACAGACCCCUUAUUAUGUAAAGGGAAGGACAAGUUGCCAUUUGUUACAUGACUCAUGGGAGUAUGUCCUGCUGGUGCCUUCUGUUCUACAGGAAGGCUCUUUGCAUAAAGCGUGUGCCCAGCUUUUUAAUCUGACUGAAUCUGUUGUUUUGACUGUCUCUCUCAACUAUGGUGAGGUCCAGACCAAAAUAUUUGAAGAGAAUGUUACAGGAGAAAAUUUUUUCAAAUGUGUCAGCUUUGAGGUUCCUCAAUCCAGAUCUGACCCACUGGCUUUCAUUACAUUCUCUGCUAAGGGAGCCACUCUGAACCUGGAAGAGAGAAGAUCUCUGGCAAUCAGUCACAGGGAAAAUGUGGUGCUCGUGCAGACAGAUAAACCCAUGUACAAGCCUGGACAGAAAGUGAUGUUUUGAGUUGUGUCUCUGGAUGAGAAUUUGAAGCCUGUUGAGGAAACGUACCCAGUGAUCACCAUUAAGGAUCCACGACAUAAUCGAAUACAACAGUGGCUGAAUGAGCAGUCUGUGAGAGGUAUCGUACAACUCUCCUUCCAGUUAAUCUCGGAGCCCAUCCUUGGAUGGUAUGAAAUCACUGUGGAGAGUCUCUCUGAAAAGGAAACACAUCACUUAUUCUCUGUGGAAGAAUACGUGUUACCCAAAUUUCAAAUGAUUGUGGAUGCACCAGAAAAUAUCUUAGUUGUGGACUCUGAAUUCAAAGUUAAUGUCUGUGCCUCAUAUACCUAUGGCAAACCUGUGGAGGGAAAGGUUCAACUUAGCAUGUGCAGGGAUUCUACCGUUUAUGGUGCUUGUGGGCAUCUUCCCGAUUCAGUCUGUAAACAUUUCACCACUCAGUUAGGGAAAGAUGGAUGUGUCUCCCAGUUUAUCAACACCGAUGCUUUUGAGUUAAAUCGAGAAGGAUACUGGAGUUACCUUGAAGUGCAUACUCUUGUCACAGAACAUGGAACAGGUGUUCAGCUUACAGACUCCCAGAAGAUAUAUAUAGACUCAUCGAUGGUGAAGAUUAGAUUUGAGAAUAUGGAUACAGUCUACAAACAGGGACUCCCUUAUUUUGGCCAGAUCAAAUUACUUCAUCCAGAUGAUUCUCCCAUCCCAGGUGAAGUUAUCCAGUUGUACCUGAAGGACAAACUCGUGGGCAACUACAGCACAGAUGUCAAUGGCACUGCUCAGUUUUCCUUGGACACAUCUAAGAUUACGUACCCAAAUAUCACCUUGAAAGCAACCUACAAAGCCAACGAAAAUUGCAAAGCUCGUGGCUGGGUGUUGCCUCAAUACUCUCAGCCAGAAUACUUUGUGCGCCGAUUUUACUCCAAGACUAAUAGCUUCCUAAAGAUUGUCCCAGAGAUGGAAGAACUGAGAUGCAACCAGCAGAAGUGGGUAAUGGUGCACUACCUUCUCAAUAUGCAAGACUUCGAAGACAAAACCUACACAGCAGACUUCAAUUAUUUGGUGAUUGCAAAAGGCGUAAUCGUUCUUCAUGGGCAAGAGAAAAUUGAGGUCAAUAAUGAUGCUAUGAAGGGCAUAUUUUCCAUCCCUAUAGAGGUUAGCCCUGCGUUAGCGCCCUCUGCAGUUGUACUUGUCUACAGCUUACAUCCCGGAGGAGAAAUGGUCACUGACAGCUCCCGAUUCCAAAUUGAGAAAUGCUUCAAAAAUGAGGUAUAUAAUCAGCUAUAUCACAGGGAGUUACAUGGCUAUCAUUUUGAAAGACUUAACUUAGAAGAUGGCCCUAAAAUGCCAUGUCUCAAAAAUGAACAAAUCCUUUACAAUGGAAUUUAUUACACACCUGUAUGGGCUGACUUUGGAAAAGAUGCCUAUGACCUUGUGAAGGUAUAUAAUCAGCUAUAUCACAGGGAGUUACAUGGCUAUCAUUUUGAAAGACUUAACUUAGAAGAUGGCCCUAAAAUGCCAUGUCUCAAAAAUGAACAAAUCCUUUACAAUGGAAUUUAUUACACACCUGUAUGGGCUGACUUUGGAAAAGAUGCCUAUGACCUUGUGAAGGCAAUGGGAUUAAAGGUUUUUACCAACUCUCAUCUUCGGAAACCAGAACUGUGCAAGGAUUCCACACAUCCUGACAGUGAUGAAGACACCGACUACUCAAAGAUAAUUUUGACUUCAGGUGUCAAUUAUGAGUUUGGUAGAUUUUACAGUGAAACUCUGAGGAAAACAUUUCCUGAAACUUGGAUUUGGAAUCUCAUCACAACUGACUCCACAGGAGUAGCCAACCUUAGUCUCACUUUUCCCGAUACCAUUACACAGUGGAAGGCCAGUGGAUUCUGCAUGAAUGAUAAAGCGGGAUUUGGCAUCUCCCCAACCAUCUCUCUGAAAGCUUUUCAGCCCUUCUUUGUGGACCUCACCCUCCCCUAUUCAGUGGUUCGAGGAGAAACAUUCACUCUGAAGGCCAAUGUCUUCAACUAUCUCAACAGAUGUAUUCAGAUUAAUACUGUACUGAAAGCAUCUAGAGUUUACCAAGCCAGACUUCUCUCAACCGAAGAUAAAAAUGUUUGUAUUUGUAGCAAUGAGAAAAAAUCUUUUGCUUGGCUGGUUACUCCCCAAACACUGGGUACAGUCAACCUCACUGUCACUGCUGAAACCGUGCAGAAUAGUGGCUGUGCAAAUGGGUCGUCCAUGGCUCUGGACAUUGGCUGGAGGGAUACACUAAUCAAACCAUUGCUGAUAGAGCCUGAAGGUAUUGAAAAGGAGAUGACGCAGGGCUCCCUUAUUUGCACACAUGGAUCCACAGUGUCUCAACCAGUAGUGCUAACUUCACCAGAAAAUCUUGUGAAAGAUUCAGAUAGAGCUUAUUGGUCUGUCCUUGGAGACAUUCUUGGUUCUGCCAUGCAAAACCUACAGAAUCUUCUCCAGAUGCCUUUUGGUUGUGGAGAGCAGAAUAUGGCCUUAUUCACUCCAAGUAUUUACAUCUUGGACUAUCUGAAUCAGACUCAACAAGUGACAGAAGAGAUAAGAUCCAAGGCUAUUGGAUACCUGGCCACAGGAUAUCAGAGGCAGCUGUCUUAUAAACACUCAGAUGGAUCAUAUAGUACCUUUGGACAUAAAGAUGAAGAUGGAAACACAUGGCUCACUGCACUCGUUUACAAGUCAUUUGCACAGGCUAAACGUCACAUUUAUAUUGAUGAUGAAGUUCAGUCCCAAACCCUUAUUUGGCUCUUAAAUAGUCAGAAAUCAGAUGGCUGCUUCCUCAAUUCUGGCAAAGUCUUCAACAAUGCUUUGAAGGGAGAAGAAGAUACUGAAAUCUCUCUCACUGCAUAUGUUAUCAAUGCACUGCUUGAAGCGGGCCACCCCACCUCGUUUGUGGCAAUUCAAAAGGGUCUCCGGUGCAUAGAUGCUGCAUCUAGGGAGAGAGCUAUGACUACCUAUGACCAGGCUCUCCUGGCCUACAUGUUCAGUUUAGUAGGCUAUGAAGACAAAAUGGAAUUCUUCUUCAAUGAGCUGAGCAAAAAGGCAAAGAAAGUAGGUGGCUCAGUGUACUGGGAACUGGAAGAGCGAUUUUCUGCAGAAGGAUCGUCCUCUUUCUACCACCCUUGGGCUUCCUCUGCAGACAUAGAGAUGACCUGUUACGGCCUGUUGGCUGUUCUUUCCAAGCCACGUCUGACUUCGGAAGACCUGUCCUAUGCUUCUCAGAUUGUACAAUGGGUGGCAAAGCAGCAAAAUUCCUAUGGAGGUUUCUCCUCUACAAAGGAUACAGUCGUGGCCCUCCAAGCUCUGACUUUGUUCCAAAGGCUCACUUUCUCUAAGAACAGACAAAAUUCAGUGCAAAUCUUCUCUGACCAAGCAUUCAACGUGGCCUUCCAAGUCAGUGAGGAGAGCCGCUUGCUGCUACAACGAGCCCCACUGCCAACAACUAAGGGAAACUAUGUGGUGGAAGUGAGUGGCAAUGGCUGUGUACAUGUGCAGACAACUCUGAGAUAUAACAUCCUGCUCCCCAAGAAGUCAUCUGGGUUUUCCCUUUCUGUGAAUUCAGCCAAUGCUUUCUGCAAAGGAUUAUUUGAUACACACUUUGACCUUGUUAUUUCAGCCAGUUAUCAUGGAAGACGCAACUCUUCCAACAUGGCAAUCAUUGAUGUGAAGAUGCUUUCGGGAUUUGUACCUGAUAAAUCGUCAGUUCAGAAGCUUCAGAAAGAUGGCAAAGUACAACAAGUAGAAAUCAAAACCACCCAUGUCUUUUUCUAUCUGGAGAAUGUUACUCAAAAGGAAAUUCAGUUCUCUUUCUCUGUUGAACAAGACGCUCUUGUGUCCAACGUCAAGCCCGCGUCUGUUCAGCUCUAUGAUUACUAUGAAACUGGUCAACCUGUUGUUGGUGAUGAUUACCUAGAGAAGUUUUUACAAAACUAUGAAAUGGAAGAAGACAUUAAAAUACUAUUGGAGAUGCCAGCAAGCAGUGAAAAAGAAAUGGCUGAAAGAAACCAUGUGCCUCCAGCUGCUCCACCAGGGACAAACGUGGAAUCAGAAAACCAGGAGGAAUCAAAGAAUCCCUUGGUUUCUGAGCGUGAUCAGGAUGGACUGUGUGAGUCGAGAACAGAAAAGAUCCUGAGGAAAACUCGCCACCGUGCUAGAAAAGAGGAAGAAAUUGUUUCAACGAUGCUGCACUCUCAGAAAUGA